AUGGAAAAUAUGUGGAUCGGUUACCGUUUCCACCGUCUGGAGAAAAACUUGAUGCUUUAUCUUUCCUUAAAGGUAUUGGGAUGUCGAUUGUCUUGUGAAAGUGUCGUGAACGAGUGUGAUGUAUAUGGUGACAUUGAGCCCAUGACCGGGAAGGGUACGUGGAGGGGUUCUGAUAAGGCGAGUCUUGUAUUGGAUCCAAAGAAGAAGAAUACUAUAAUCGGAUGGAAGAGAAACUUUGUUUACGAGAUCACAAAUACUAGGGCCAAACUCGGAUACAACAUGACUAAGUAUAGCCUUCCCGACUCUACAUUGAACAGUGGAAGAGUUUUGUUCAAAGACUAUGUUCUUUGCCGCAUCAAGAAGAAGAAACCACCACAAACCAAACACUCACAGUCACAGAACAACUUUCAAGAAUUAAUAGAGGGUGACUUGUUUGCCAUGUUAGCGGAAGAUCAUUAUCAUUAUCAAGCUGCUCCAUAG